AUGGUUAAGAUUAAAUCAAAUCCACUCAAGAUAGAUUUUGUAAAAUGUAUUAUAGAGGAUAAACUUUUACAACUAAAAAGCAAAGUCAGUGAGGAUACACCUGAUCUGUUGAAAGUAUGGACUAUUGAUAUUGACCCUAGAGAGUCCAAAUAUGUGAUUGAACUGAUUAGAAAUAAAUUGCAACCAGAUGAUCCCAUUUCCUUUUUGCAUAUCAAAAGAAUUAAGAAGUUAAAGGAUAAGAAGUUGUUAACAGUGAUACUGUGUUCUGAAGAACUUUAUGAGAAUGUUGAAGAUAUUGAAGCUUUGUUAGAGAUGUAUAAAGAUAAAUUCAGUUAUGAUAAUUUACAAUGUGAAGUUUCAGUUCCUAGAAACCCACCACCUACAAGGGAAAUAAUGUUGAGUUGGUCGGAAUUAUAUUGGCCAUUAAACUGGAAUGGUAAUCCAAAUGAUCAAAUUUUAAAUGAUUAUAAAAUUGAUAUGGAAAUGAUUACAAAAAUGUUAAAUAUAAUAAGUAAGAAAUCCAACGAAUUAGAUUCAGGAAAUGACCGAUUACCAAUAGUGACAGCAUUUGUAAACCCUACGAAUCCAGAAGAUUACAUUUUGUCAAUAGAUGAAAGGGAUAGUACUGGUAAUAUUCUAGAUCACAGUAUAAUGUCAGGAAUUCAAAAAAUUGCAAAAUCAGAAAGAUCAAAUCGUCUUAAAAAUAUGACCCAAGAAUCCGAUGAAUUGACAUAUUUAUGUUUAAACUUUGAUGUUUACACUACACAUGAACCCUGUUCGAUGUGUUCAAUGGCAUUAGUCCAUUCAAGAAUUAAACGAUGUAUCUUUAUAAAUCAAAUGAAUAAAACAGGAUGUCUUAAACUCCAUAGUGGUGACAGUUACUGUAUGCAAGAUAACAAACUGUUAAAUUCAAAAUAUGAAGUUUUCCAAUGGCUGGGAGAUGAUUACAAGAUACCAAAGAUAGAUGACAGAAUAUGUUGUUAA